CAUCAUCUGGAUCCCCAGCGCUCCAGACAACCUUGCUUGAAGCGAAACUUGGGGCCCCUUCUCCGAGCUUACCGACAGCUACCCUUGCUAUACCUGCAAUCUUCGUGCACAUGCAGUAUGGCGCCUUGGAAACCAAUCCACGUCAACGAGCAGAAGAAGCGCUUUGCGUAUUUAGACGCCGUAUUUCCUCGAGGCUGCAAGAUGCCUCCCGAGAAGGAUGACUGGACGCAGCCAAGGCUUGACUCCGACGGACCGGAUGACAAGAUAUGGCAAGGCUGGGAGCCAGUACUUGCCCGCUACGGAUAUGCGCUAACGACAUGGCCUUUCCGUCUGCUGAUUAAGAACAAACACAGACAGGGGAAGCGAACAUCGGACGGCGCAUUUGUGGUCAUUAAAUUCGUUCUGUGGCGCAAAUAUCGAACAGAGGUUGACGUCGUGCGACGACUGCUGUCGGGCAAGAUGCGUCUGCCCGAACUCAACCGCUUUCCGUACCUGGACGUUAUCGACGUGCCGAUGGAGGAAGAAGGCGGAGCCUCGCUGGUGAUCAGCGAGGUCUGCGCCGAAGAGGACGCCUGGUGGGACCUUAAAAAUCCGCGCGAUAUACUGCGUGGCGUAUGCCAGCUGGCUGAAUGUGUGCACUUUCUGCACGAAAACGGCAUCGCUCAUUGCGACAUCUGGCAUCCGAACGUCGUCAUCCGCCUUCCUCUUCAACGGCCUCUUCGAUGGGUGCUGAUAGACUUCAACUCAGCGGUUGUAGCGGAAGAAGGCACCCCGCCUCCAACGAUCACGCCUUUGCAUCACACUGGAUCGCGCCUGGAGGCGCCCGAGUUCUAUGCGCCGUUCUGGACGCAAAUUGAUCCAUUUGCUUACGAUGUCUUUUGUUUGUGCCAUCUCAUGGAGAUUCUUAUGGAGGACAAAGAAAUUCCUAUCCCACCAGGCCUUCGGACUCUCGUGAAUGAAAUGAUUGAUGAAGACCCAUCUUCGCGUCCCAGCUCUGCAUCUAUGCUCGAGCGACUUCAUAUUGAAGUUGAGGCGCUGGAUCAGGGCGAAGACCCUGGCCCGGGGGAUGCCCAUUCCAACAUGCUUGCGCACUCACAACGAGCGCGUGCAAAGCCCAAUGCCGCUCCUCAUUCUCUCUUGACCUACUUGCAUGAGCACAAGAAGUAUGACCAAGCUGUGUAUAUCUUAGCAGAUGAUGCGCAUGCUUCAGUCCCUAUACCUGCACUUGAACCCGCUGCAGCGCUGAAUUGUGUCCAGUGAUAUCUAGAUUACUGAUCCUAGUUGUACACUACUCCAUAACUUUGAUGCCGAUAUGCUUAGGCUCGGUAUAAUCUGAGUAUGAAAUACAUACAAAGCAUAAUCAGAG